AUGUCUUUAAGCAUAUACAACUAUGUCUUCAUUGUCUUGGCCUUUUGGCUUUUUCGAAUUUGCGUAAGGUCCGUUCUCGCAUUUCGCUUUCAUUGUAGUUUUGGCCGCAUUGGGUUCUUUUCCAUUAAGGACAUUCAGUAUCAUCAUCACCGAUCCUCCGAAACUGCGUUAUGGUCAGUCAAAGUAGGCAAACUUAAACUGCGCCUGAAAAGAAGACCUACACUUUCUUCACCCACUCCAUUCCUUACGAUUUAUGUAGCAGAUAUUCAGGUUCAGUUACACAGUUUAGCAGCGCUAGCAGCCUCACGUCGUCAACAAAAAGAAAAGGGUUUAACCUUGAAUAAGAGAUUUUCUCGAGUCAGCUCUUCACUCAAUAAAAUACCUUGGUGGUACUCUCUGUCAAUUGUGAAACAAGUCAUCAAAUUCACUUCAGCUUUGCCUGCUCAAUUAUUGAUGGCAGGACUUGCAAACUAUGUCGAUUUUCAGGUGGAUAAUUUUAGUUUGGAAAUUGAACAACAAGCCGAAAUUAAGGUACAUGACGUUAUUCUCAGCUCAGUCCUAUUUGCAAAUGUCACUAUUCCUUCUUCCGCAGCUCCAUCAGCUCCGAACUCAGUUCCUAAACGCCUCAAUUCACUUCAUUCAAGUUAUCAGCGUCAUUCAUUGAAAAGAGCUCAGCAUUUAUUCAAAGAAAAGUUUUUUGAGAUCAUGGUUAAAGUGGGGACCAUAGCCGUGAUCAGACGAAACCUUACUUCUGAACCUACCGAAAUCUUGAAUUUCCCAACAGGCGGACAAAUUGCUGUGUCAUGUCAUUUAUCUGCUGGUUGUGUUACUCUCAAAGAUGUGGACGUCAAUACCAGAGUCGAUACAUUUAUGCUAAAGCUAAGCCCCCUGUUGAAUCUAUUAAAUCAUGUUAAACAGCCCACUCAAGCAAAGAAGCAGGACUUUGAUCUGCUCUAUCAUAAGCAACAAGAUAAACACACUAAAGCCAGCGUCAUCAAAUUGCUUCGAUCCAUCACACUAUCGAUUGAUAAUGGAAUUGUCGAAACACAACAUGGAGGUGAAUGUCACAGUCUACUUGAACUGCAGGAAUUGCAUUUAAGUGGAAUAUCAGAAAACUGUGUGACGGGUAUAGAUCCGUAUUAUAAAUUGCAACUUUUAUUGGGUUUGACAUCUUGGACCCUGUUCGACACAACAAACGAAGAUCGACACAUGAAAAUAGUGACGCUACCUGAGAUAAGAUUGAAUUCUAACUUGUCUCAAGACUUAAUUAUACCAGGUAAAAGUCAUGUCGUGGAUGUAAUACCUUCAUUUGAACAGGAGAAUAUAUUUUGGAAUAGUAACGAUUCGGGACCAAAUCAGAAAUAUAUCAACAUCACUUUGGUCGUACAUGAACCCAGACUGUUUGUGGAUGUUUCAAAAGCAGAUAUGCUGGAAAACUUAUCCAUAAAAAAUCAGUACGAUAAAAUGAACACCACGGAUGAAGCAAAGGGAAAUCUAGCAACUACUUUUUAUAAUUUACCAAGGGCCAGUCUAUCGGUCCAUAUUGACCGUCCAGCCAUUCAUAUGAAAAGCUUAAAAAAUCAUAUGGGAGUUAUUUCUUGCUCGGAUAUCACAUUGGAAGUUGCAGGUAUCUACAAUGCUCAGAAAAAUCGUCCUGUUUCUGUUAUUUCCAGGUUUUCUGAACCUUUAUCACCUACCACCGCUUCAAAAUCUGAUAUGGAUUGUACAGAGAUUCACGCCGAUUCAAGUACCAUUCAACGGAUUCGAUCACAAAGUAGACCUUCAUGGACUAGUUUAUUCAGAAGAAGCUGGAAAACCAAGGCAGCGGACGAAAAAAAGCAGAGAAAUGCGGUUGAAUGGCAUUACAAAUCAUCCGUACGGCUGUUGGUUCAGAAUACAUGUUUUGAGGAUAUUUUUGAGCCCAAGAAACCAAAGGUCGACAACAGAAAACAAUUUGACGCCGGUUGUGACUCAAAUGCAUUUAUUUCGAUCGGAAAUUUUGAGUGCACGGCACACACUCGUUUCGACGUCUCAUUUAUAGAGGAUGUGGUGGAUCAACAUAUUCGAAUGCUGUGGGAUCCAGAUGCGCAUCAUAUUAAUGUCGAAAUAUCAAUAGUUAAACCCAUAUUGAAUUUAUGGACAAAAACACCUAUUGUAGAUGAAAGCCAGUUGGAGUUUUGGGUUAAUGACAUUGCUGGUCAAAUGAAUUUAGCCUUGAAAAAUAAUUCAUCUGUCGAGUCACAUGAUACAGCAAAUAAAGAUAUGAGUGAAGUAUUUGGCUAUGUAUCGAUCCUCAAGGUGAAUGCAAUCAUCUCCGACGCGGUUAUAGUUUUGGAAGGCGUGGAUAAAGGAAUUAAAGGUAAAAGACCAAUACCAACCGGCUUCCUUGAUAAUGCGCCGGUUAAAGAUAUCGAUGUUCGAAUCAUUGUUACCAUUCAACAAGUUUCUCUCAUAUUUAACGGAUCUCGUAUUUUUGGUGCGACGCGCAAAAGGCAUCGGGCAAGCCAAAGUAUCGCGUCUCUGACAACUGAAGACUCUGAUGAUAAUCACGAAUCAGGACCUGAAGCAUUACAGCAAGUGUCGUUCGGAACUUCUCGUUUGUCAGUUCAACAUACGGUUAUAGAAAGAAUAUUUAAAUCGGAUGAUUCCGUAGAGGAACAAGGGUGGCAUGAUCAUGAGGACAAAAAGGCUGUUAUAUUAUGGAUAUCGCGUAUCAAUACAAGGACAGAUAUGCUGCUAGAAAAUUCAGCUCAAAUCGUUCUCGUACCUUCCAUUGUUGUUAAGAAAAAUGGUAUCCAAUACACGAUCACAAAUCAUUAUGCAUGUCUCAUAGUGGCACAUUCUGUCAUGGAUUUGAUUAAGCGUUGCUUUCCCAAAAAGAACAAGGAGACUGGACCAAAAAGUGCCGCAAAGAGAAUUAAAUUUCAAAAACUUCAAUUGCAAAUCAACCGAAGUGAUGUCCAUUGGGAUCAACUAAUGGAAAUGGACAAUAUGCGAUUUUCUAUUGAAAAGGAUGUCGAUUUUACCUGUGGGACAUUGAAUAAAUCAAACCAACUAUCCAUGUCCAAAUUCUAUAUGCGUAUACCUUACGGUUACGAAUUAAGUGAAUUUGUGGAUGGUGCUGUAACAUUGAUCAAGGCGAUAAAAGCGUCACAUACACGUAUCUACAAGGGCAACUCAUUUUUGUUCUUCGGCCCUUCUGAAAAAAAAGCUCCCGCAGUGAUACCUCAUAUGCGAUUUGUAUGUGAUCUCUUUACCUUCCAAUUUGAAGAUGACCCGUUUGAAGCCAGGUUAAGAUCGAUUUGGAAAACAGGUGUUGUAGAACAAGCAAAUCGUAUAGCAAUCCAAGAUGCUUUUGAAGCAAAGGCACAAACUUUCAUGAAUUCUGGUGAUAAAAGAAAAGGAUCAGAAAAAGAAACUGAUAGUAGGGUAAAUGAUGCUUGGCAAGGACUCCAAACACACAACUCGAAAUCUUGGAAACGCCAUAUAGAUGCAGCAAUUUUAAAGGAAACUUCAACAUAUGAAAAACUCCAAAGUGGUGAUUAUCGACACGCCAUUAUAGCUGGUCAGAUGGAUGAAGUAUUCGAUGAUACUAAUGAUGAAAAGACACAGUACCUUUCGGAAAUGUUUUGCAUCAAGAUUGUUGAUCUUCCUCUUUACCCUGCCUUAUUAGAUCUUACAAUGAAAAACACCUGUUUGGAUUUCCGACCCCCAGAUUUUGAUCUAGAGAAAACACGAGAGUUUAUCUAUGAUGUAGGAAAGCAUCAGCCGUUGGACACACCCUUGUCAACGUUGAUACCCUUUCAUUUGGAUUGGAAAUCAGGUGUCACAUGGGCUCAGUUGCGUGAUUACCCUGUACCUUUCUUUCUAGUUCCACCUAAUAUUACGGACCCAGACAAUACUUCGGCUUGGUCACUUUCUGGAAAUUACGUUUUUGCCGAUGAUUUAGGAGAUUUAGAUGGUACACGAUGUAUCAGCAUACCUGUUGUUGAUGAGAAUAACGCACUUUACACUAUUGUUUUUCCUCGUACCAGCACCCCACUCAAGUUCUUUUCCGUUGUAAAUAUAGACGUACACAAUUCCGGAUUAUCCCAAAUAUGCUGGUGUGUACCCUACCAGCCAGCAAUCCAAGACAUUUCGCGGGUCAUGGAUACCUUCACUCGUGCUCCUGUGGAUCCUUCUGAUAAGAUUGGUUUCUGGGAUAAAAUUAGGUUAAUUGUUCAUACCCGUGCCAAGAUUUCGUUUGUGGGCGGUGGUGAUUUGGCCGUUGUCAUGAAGGGCUCUAGAGAUCCUUAUGAUAUGAGUGAGAAGGGUUUUGGCCUUGCCAAAGUUUGGAGAAAUGACGUUGUUUGGCACUUUGGUGGUAACAACCCUCAGGGAGAAUUCAUGCAAAUUAUAAGUCGCGAUUAUGCAUUUGGUGUGCCCGAUCUUGUUAACGGUGGAUAUACAGCUUCGUAUAUCGUUGCUGCGGAUUGUUCAAGAAAAGAGUCUGGUGGAAACUCUAGCAAAGGCAUGCGUCAAUCUACUUCCAUGUCAUCAUUCAAUUCGUCCACGUUAUCCAAAGAUGAUGAAAACGAGUCUCGAUUUGUAAAGAUUGCACUCAAAUUGUCUGGUGGUAUUCGUAUGGGGCUUGGUUGCCAGCUUGAAAGAAUGUGUGUCUCUCAUUGUGAGAUUUGUGACGAAAAUGGAAGUUAUAGUGCUGAAGCUCGUAACGUUCACAAAGCGAAGCUCUUAACUUUUUUACCGCAUUACAAAGUCAAGAUGAAAGCCCCCCAAAAUGUCCAUGAAAAAAAUUAUGAUGCGUAUAGGGGUUUCAGGUCUGAUUACGUUCAUUUGUCUAUCAGUGUUAUUAAGCUGUCAGUCCCCGAGCAAGACACUGAAAAAGAAAAUGUCACUGGAAAUUCCAUGCAUUUAACACCUGGAUUUAUUGAUCAUUUUGUUGCUUGGUUCAGACUGUUUGGUGGAGCUAUGGGAUAUCCGGUGCGCGACGGCUCCUUGUUUUCUAAGUCGGAUACUAGACCCACUCAAAAAUUUGGUCGACACAUGAGUACAAUGAAAUACAAAGUGGUUGUCAAUCCUCUCACGAUUGGAUAUUUUAUGAAGGACGAAAAUGUUGUUGCGGACGAAGUCACGACGGAGGAAUUGGGUGAUUCGGUUGGAUUAAAGGGCUUUGUGAAAUCUUUUUGCAUUGAUAUGCAUCAAAGAAGAGAGAUUGUCAAUGUUGCCAACUACAAACUAGAUCAAAAGCGGUUAAAAGCGAACUGGCCUGUUUCAGAAGCAGAGGUCCAAUUAAAAAAUAUCGAUCUGCGGGCAGUAAGAGCAAAGUAUUCAGUUAAUGGCGAUGAAUCUUUAUCUUCUUCCGGGGCUGAAAACAUCAGUGUCCCCGUACAUUCAGACCCAAAUUAUCUAUCUGAUCAAAGUGAUAAUGGUCUUGAUAUGAUGGAAGGCCUGAACUAUCAGUGUAAUAAUGAUUCUGAUUCUUCCGAUUGGGUUGACUUGGAUGAUUUUAUAGAAAUGGGAGUAGCCACACCUUCGAUUCUUCCUGCCAUACAAGUUCUACCUUUUGCCUUUUCUCCGUGUAUCUAUUAUCUUCGACAGAAUAAUAGAGAAGAUAUUCAGAAGUACAAAUAUUUACAUAAUACACAUGAUUGUAUCCUUGGAACUGCGGUUGACACGCGAGAAAUGCAAACUACUUUGUUACAUGACAGAAGCAAAAGUAUUGAUGUACAAAUUAGAAAACAUCAAACUCGUCUUCAUAAUAUAGAGUUGAAGCGACUUCAACAUGGGGCAGAUGAGAAAUCCCUGGAAGAGCUUUCCGAUGCAAUUGUAGAAAAGACAAGAAUUUUGUACGAAAAAAGGGAGUUGCUUCAACGUUAUUUAAAAGAGCUGUCAAAACAAGCUAUGCCGGAUGUUGUUCACAGUCAGAAAUCAGAUGCAUAUGCUAAUUCUACGAUUUUUGGAAAGGAUUCACUUGCUCAAUGGGAAGAGUUGAUGGGAUAUUUCAAAGUACGAUACAUUGCUCACAACCCUCAAAUUUUAUGGAACAAUUCCGUACGAAAUGUUUUAUAUCAUGGUCUAGAUCUUCGUGACCAUCGACGUGCCUUAUCUUACUACAUGACAUCCCGUACCGUCAAAUUCUUGAGAGACCUUAUUGAAGCUUCUGAUUUGAGCUACGGUGAUAACCUCAAACCAUUUGUACUUGAUGAUAAUGAAGGUGGCAUGGAUAGCUCUAUGGCCCAAGAUCUUAUCGCUAAACUUCUAGCAGAACAAGACACCAAACUUUUUGCUCCAAAUGAAACUGAAGAAAAAACUCCAUUAGGUGGGCGUGAAACAGAUGAGGUUGACAUGUCUCGUAGCGAUAAUGUGAACAAUCCAAAAAUGCAGCUGAAAACAAUCCCCAACAACUAUGUAAUGAAGAGCAGCUAUCUCGUAGAUCUUCUCAAUCCACAAAUUAGUUUGCAAAGUGACUGUGACCCAAAUAACAUUGUGUUGGUGGCAAAUGAGCGAACCCAAGUGAAAGGAUUUAAUAUUAUUGAUGAAACCGACCCUGACAUAGAAAUGGAAAUGGUGAAACACAGAACUGUUGUUAGCUUAGAUAAUGUUCAGUUCUUUGUUGCCAAAAAGGAACAAUUCGAUAGUGUUGAUCUUCUGUUGGAUAAUCACUAUGGUGCAAAGGAAAGUGAUCAUUGGUUGGCCUGGAUUCCACCAGAGAUGCUGAUCAACUAUGUCAAGCACUCCGACAAGUUUCAACGUAUUGGUGAUAGAAUUGCUGCCACAUUGCAGUACGAUAAAUAUAAUCCCCUCCGUAUCAAAACAAAUUCAAAUGCUUAUUCUCAGGUUCAUCCGUUUGAGGACAGAUGCGAUUCUGUUCAGCUAAAUUUCCCCAAACUUAAAAUGACCGCAGAUUCUGCCCAAUACAAUGCUGUUUAUCAAGUUACUACUGAUUUGUUACUGUAUAAAGAACCUGCAAAGAAGGAACGUCUUGCCCGACUUCGUGAAAUUAUGAUGGCAGCAGAUCGUACUAGUUUGUAUGAAGCAACUGAGAAGAUUGUAGAACUACAAAGUAGGGCACGUAACCUAAUUCAAGCUCGCGAUCAAUACCGUCAAAACAUGGCUAUUCUAGAUAGUAAACACAUAGAGGAAUUUAAAUCUAUUCGGGUAGCAUUGUAUGACACUUUGGAAGAGCUUUACUUGGGAAUGGAGGCUAUUAAACUCAUGCAAAGCAACCAAAGAAGAGAUUAUCAUGAACCGAAAACUAAUUUAAAAUUCGUAUUUUGUGCUGAAAAACUUGUCUGGGAGAUGCUUUCUAAAGGCGAUACCCCCCUUAGUGAAUGGACCUUAACCAACUUCAAUUUUAGCUUUGUGAGUAAAGAAGAUCAUUCAUCAACAAAUACACUGGAAGUAGAUGUUGUGCAAGUGAAAAAUACGUCCCCAUCACCUGUAUUUGUGGAUGUUUUAGGACCGUAUUACGACUCGCGCAAACCAUAUGACUUUUCUCGACACAAGAUGUUACGAUGUUAUUUUGUUUCAUUGGCACCAGUAGGUGGAAUUCCGGUUAUACAACAUCUAGAAACAAAUCUUCAUCCUCUACGAGUACAGAUGACACAUAGCUUUGGCAAAGCAUUAGCAUAUUAUCUUUUCCCUCCCGAGAAAAGAUUAAAACCAAUAGAAUCUACACCUAUGGUAGCAUCAGUAUCGACACCGGUCACAAGUGGUAAAGUCAUAACGCAAGAAACAGAGACCGAUAUGUCAGUUCCGAUGACUUCUACACCUCAUCCAAGUAAUAGUGAAAAAACAGACAAAGAAUCAUCUAAAUCAUCUAGCUCCGUUAAAAAUUUCGAUUGCUCACAACCUGCAAAUACUCCUCCUAAUGAUCAAGAUAGAUCAAGUAUCAGCAUUAACGGAACUAGUCAAACGAUCUUGCGUGAUGAUGGAGAACAUGAUACACAAACUGAUACAUCUUCCACAACUUUGCCGCUAAAUCCUACCAAAAAGUCUAAAAAGCAAAACAUUCACAAAUUAACAAAACCAAAGACAAUGGAUGAUUUGACAGUAAUGAAGAAGAGAGCCUCGAGCAAUCGGGCGUUCAUUCUAGUCAAAAUUCCCGGUGCUAGACACUGUCUCAGCUAUCAAGGCCCCAAAGACAAGAAUAUAGAGGAUUUAAGAGAUUUUGCGUUUGAGCAGCCUACAUUAGAAUUCCGUAAUGAAACAUGGUCAUGGUUUGAAUUAGCCUCUAACAUCAAAAAAGAUUUUAUGCGGGCGGCAUUAUUACACAAUAGUACUGCCCUUUUAAAGGAAAAACUCCUUCGUCGACAUCCGCGAGAAAACAGCAAGUUGAUUGAAUCAAGUCUCUCAUUGCACACUAUUCCUGUCUAUGUCCCCGAAAGUGACAAACAUAGUACUGCUUCUAUUUUCGAAGCUGACAAUACUUCAGAAAACACAGAAAGUUCUCGGGAAGAAGCCGAAUAUCUGGACAGAGAUAUUGUUUCUUUACAUUCAGCUCAUUCGCAUGAAAACUAUGAAUCAGAAAGCCUAGAAAACGCUCCUAAACGUAAUCAUAUUUGGUCCAAAUUAACGAAGCCAAAAAAGUCACCCUCUUCGUCAGAAUCCAAGCUUGAGAGGUCUGUUCCUGAAAAUUUACAUAACCCCAGUCAGUACUUAGCAACCGAUACCUCAUCUCACAUUGAUCCACACCAGCGAAGUAUCAGUGGUGGGGAACCUCCUGUUAUACUUGCCCGUUCUGUAUCGGCAAAUACACGUAAUAUACACGAUGAGGACCAAUUAACUGCAAAAGGAAGAUAUUUACUGGGUAAGUAUUAUAAUGGACCCACUCAAUGGCUUGCCCCCAGAUCUAAAACUAAAGGGAAACAAAACUCGAAGAAAUAA